AUGGGAAAUUGCAACGCAACUCUUGCUUUUAAAAGAUCUAAAUUGACGAGGAAGCAAAUGGACUCCGUGAAUCAUACUCCUCAUCAUGAAGGAAUAAAGACUGUAAAGGUGGAUAAGGUUUGCGACUUCUCUGGAAAUUCAGACCUUUGCAUUUGCAUAGUGACCUGGAACAUGAAUGGACAGGUGGUUUAUGAAGACUUGGUGGAGCUGGUUGGGAGCAACUCCAAGUCUGAUCUACUAGUGGUAGGUCUGCAAGAGGUGCCUCGGAAAAACAUUGCACAAUUAUUGCAAACAGCACUUCUGGAUUCUCAUGUCCUGCUGGGAAAGGCAAUCAUGCAAUCUCUUCAGCUAUAUGUAUUUGGACCUCAGAACUCGGGGCUUUUCAUUAAAGAAUUGAAGGUGGACAAGCAUUCUGUUGGUGGGUGUGGAGGAUUAAUAAGGAGAAAGAAAGGAGCUGUGGCAAUCUGCCUCAACUACAAUGGCAUCCGAAUCGUGUUCAUUUCUUGCCAUCUUUCUGCUCAUGCUCGUAAUGUGGAAGAGAGAAAUUCUCAAUUCAGACACAUAUAUCACAACCUUUUCUCCAAGUAUUGGAAUCCUUAUGGUAGGCCUGCUCAAGUUACAGUAUGCUUAGGAGAUCUUAAUUACAGAAUACAGGGAAUGGAUACGCAUCCAAUGCUCACCAGCAAAGAUCAACUUUUACAAGAAGCUGAGCGAGGACAGGUGUUUGAUGGAUACUGCGAAGGGACAUUGACAUUUAAACCAACAUACAAGUACGACGUUGGAAGCAGCAAUUACGAUACAAGUUCUAAGGUGCGAGUCCCAUCAUGGACAGAUCGGAUCUUGUUCAAGAUUCAUGACGUGGAGAACAUCAGUGCAAGUUUGCAUUCUUACGAGUCAAUUGAUGAUAUCCACAGUUCAGAUCACAAGCCAGUGAAAGCUCACCUCUGCUUGAAAAAAUUUGUUGAUAAUGAGCAAAUAACCAUACACGUUAUGGGUUGGCUUAGCAAGAUUUUUAAAGGGUCAAGUCAUAGUAUUUCAGAAGGGCAUUUUCAUGGGAAUUAUGGACAGGAUGCUCACUAUAAUGCGCCUUCUACUUCUGGGGUAGCAUGGUUGGAGCAGGAAAAUGAGGAUAUAGAUCGUGCUAUUGCAUUAUCUCUUUUAGAGGACAGUCAUAAUGGAAAAAAUGUCAUUGAUAAUGAGAUUCAAGUGAAAGAAGAUGAACAACUUGCCAAAGCUUUACAAGAAAGUUUGAACGUUGAAUCUCCUCCUCGAUAUGGAAAUGGAAUCCCUCGAUAUGGAAAUGGAAUUCCAUAUCAAGGGAGUGCAUACCAGCCUUAUCCUGUUCACUUUCCAAUGGGGUUCAGGAUAUGUGCUGGUUGCAAUACAGAGAUUGGCCAGGGAAGAUUUUUAAAUUGCCUCAAUGCAUUUUGGCAUCCAGAAUGUUUCCGUUGCCAUGCUUGCGGCCUACCAAUUUCUGAUUACGAGUUCUCUAUGACUGGAAAUUACCCUUAUCAUAAGUCCUGCUACAAGGACCGUUACCAUCCAAAAUGUGAAGUAUGUAAGCACUUUAUUCCAACAAACCCUGCUGGUCUUAUUGAAUAUAGGGCACAUCCUUUUUGGAUCCAGAAGUACUGCCCUUCUCAUGAACAUGAUGGUACUCCUCGGUGCUGCAGCUGUGAGCGAAUGGAGCCACGAGACACGGGAUAUAUUGCCCUUAAUGAUGGCCGGAAGCUCUGUCUUGAGUGCCUGGACUCUGCAGUCAUGGAUACCAAGGAGUGCCAACCCCUUUAUCUUGAUAUACAAGAAUUUUAUGAACGUUUAAAUAUGAAAGUGGAGCAGCAUGUUCCACUACUCUUGGUUGAAAGACAAGCAUUAAAUGAAGCCCGGGAUGGAGAAAAACAUGGCCAUUACCACAUGCCAGAGACUAGAGGACUUUGCCUUUCUGAGGAACAAACCAUUAGCACUGUAUCAAGGCGGCCUAAGUUUGGAGCAGGGAACCGAGCCAUGGGUAUGAUAACAGAGCCUUACAAACUGACGCGUCGUUGUGAGGUUACAGCAAUUCUGAUUUUGUAUGGCCUCCCAAGGUUGCUUACUGGGUCAAUCUUAGCUCAUGAGAUGAUGCAUGCAUGGAUGCGGCUGAAAGGUUUCCAAACUCUCAGUCAAGAUGUUGAAGAGGGCAUUUGCCAGGUGCUUGCACACAUGUGGUUGGAAUCAGAGCUCACAUCUACUCCAGGCAGCAAUGUUGCAUCAUCCUCUGCUCCCAGAACAACAAAAAAGGGUACAAGAUCUCCAUUUGAGAGUAAGCUUGGGGAGUUUUUCAAGCACCAAAUUGAAUCAGAUACUUCCCCGGUGUAUGGAGAUGGAUUUAGAGCUGGUCAGCAAGCUGUGAGGAAAUAUGGCCUCGAAAGGACACUUGGUCAUAUUCGAAUGACAGGGAAGUUUCCAUAUUGA